AUGCUGCUCACGCCUCGAACCUAUUCCCUCGCCCAAACCCCGGACACGGGCUGCACUCGCCCCGGGGCCUCGUAUUUCCUGUGCACCCCGUCGCAAAAGGAGCUCCAGGCCGAGGAACAGCGCGCGUGCAGAAUGCUGCUGCUCCACCAGACGGGCAGCGUCAAGGUGGGCGAGGUUGUACGGUACACGGUCACCUACACGCCCAGCGAAGACCGUAUCCUUCCUGCACCUGCAUUCCUCCACGUGCGCAUACGCAACACCUCCGCCCUGCCGCUGCGAGCCGCCUACCUCCACGGGCCCUACACCAUCCAUGUCGCCGCAUAUCCCUCCACCUUCAAUCCGAACAGGAAAGCCGAGUCGCCCAAGACGUACGGUGUCCCCGAGUUCGAGCCCAACCUGAAAGCCGGCGGCUACUGGAACGCCCGGCUGACGGUGCCGGAGCAUAUCAGACAGGGCGACGAGUGGAGGAACUUCGAUGGCACCCCCAAAAGCGCAACAUGGAUCAUCGAGGUCGACUCCCAGAUCAUCUUCUCCCACUCGGCCUCUGUGAGCUACGAGCUGCUGGUAGCCCGCGACGAGAGGUCACUCGACCUUGGCUUCACGGCCGUGACUGGAAACAGCUCUGGAACGCCAGGCAAAGUCCAAGAUCACCAGCAGGGGAACAAGUCCCACACGUCGAACCAUCCUGCGCAGCAGAGGGGCGUCUUCUCCAAAGCCAUCAAACUAGUCGUUGACGACACAACGAGUCUGUGGAAUAAGCCGGAGCUACCAGAGUACAAGGAUGAAGAGAGCCAGCCUGACAGGCGCAAGUCGAACGACGUCCAGCACGAGCAGAAGGACGACACUCGCAAGCAGAAGAACGUGCACCUCGUCGUGGUCACACAUGGGCUGCACAGCAAUCUUGGCGCAGAUAUGCUGUACCUGAAGGAGAGCAUCGAUGCGACCGCGAGGCAGGCCCGGGAAGACCGCCGGAGACGGCGGCAGGAGCAAAGAGGACAGAAGCCGAGUAACGAGGGCAACAACGAGACAUCGACAGCGCCUCUGUCGGGCGGUCAAGAAGACAUACCAGACGAAGAGGAGGACGAAGAUGAAGAGGAUGUCAUCGUUCGCGGCUUCGACGGCAAUGUUGUUCGCACCGAACGGGGCAUACAGUAUCUCGGGAAGCGGCUUGCUAAGCACGUGCUGCGACUCACGUACCCAGAUCAGCCAUACCUACCGAUCAAGAAAUCGGUUGGGCAGAAGCUGAACCCCUUCUCUCCAAACAAGGACAAGCCGGAUGAAGGAAUACCGGCACACGAAGGAAGCGAUGUCCACUUCAAACCCCAUUCGCAUAAGCAAAAGCGUGCGUACAAGUUCACUAGCAUAAGCUUCAUCGGACACUCCCUAGGAGGACUAGUCCAAACAUAUGCUAUAGCAUACAUCUACAAGCACUCUCCCAAAUUCUUCGAACACAUCAAACCUAUCAAUUUCAUCGCCAUGGCGUCACCUAUGCUGGGUCUCAGCAAUGAGAACCCAAUGUAUGUCAAGUUCGCUCUCGACUUUGGCUUGGUGGGAAGGACUGGACAGGAUCUUGGUUUGACUUGGAGAGCCCCAACCCUGGCGAAAAGUGGAUGGACUGCUAUGGUUAGUGGAUUUGGGGGACAGUCUGCGAGCCAGGAACAAGAAGAUCCUGGUACCAAGCCACUCCUCCGGAUCCUACCCACCGGGCCGGCUCACAUGGUGCUACGCAUGUUUAGAAACCGUACGGUAUACUCCAAUGUUGUCAACGAUGGGGUUGUGCCACUCCGGACUAGUUGCCUGUUAUUCCUGGACUGGAGGGGUUUGGGCAAGGUCGAGAAGGCUAGGCGAGAGAACGGACUGAUUGGGAGUGUCGCGAUGUGGGGCUUCAGUCAAUUGACAGGGCAGAACUCAUCGCCCAAUCCGUCGAGGUUAGGGUUUCCAGACAAGGACGACGAGACCGAAUCUCCAUCAGGGAAUGGGGACGACACUACCGUCCCUCUGCCAGGUGCAGAUGUCACCAACCAAGAUGACAGAGUGACUGCCUCGGAGCCUGCAGCUCAUCAGUUCUUGGAUGGCCAGAAGCACGACCCAGAAGACGCUGUGCAAGGGAACCCAGGUGUGCCGGCAUCUGAUCAGUACUUCCAACCACAAAACACAUUGAUGCAGUGGUGGAGCUACAUCCGCCCUACAGGCAAGCAUACUUCAAGGGACAAGAAGAUGUUCACCCGCAGUCAGACUGUCUUCAAGGACGACGAGGAGCAAGAGGCUGCGACUGAAGAACCACCGUCACAAGGCUCGCAGCAGAGGAAACGACCCCUGGCAUCACGCGGUGACAGCACACUCGAUCCGUCGAAGAACUCGGCGGCACCACCUAAGACGACGAUCUUUGAGUCGGCAGGAGACCUCAUCAAUCCACCUGUUCCACCCACAUCCUGGAUCGUUGAUCCAAGUACUCGUGCUCGCACCAUCUUCCACGACCGUGUGUAUCACCCAGAAGACAUACCGCCGCCACCUGCCAGGAAAAGAUCUUCCGGCCGCUCUUUCUCUGGUGAGAGCGGUAGGUCUCCGACAUCCGUCGGUACCGUCGACGAGGGCGUCAUGCGAGUAGAAGAGAAGAUCGCUCGUGCUUACCAUAAGGAUCUGUCGUGGCGUAAGGUCCUUGUCCGUCUCGAGCCUGACGCGCACAACAACAUCGUCGUGCGCCGCAUGUUCGCCAACGCUUACGGUUGGCCGGUAAUCAAGCAUCUAUGUGACACUCACUUCGCAGACACGUACUCUGCACAGACCCGCGAUGAGCAAGAACCCGCUCUUGAUCGUGCUAAGGGCGUCGAUGCCCCUGUAAAAGAAGACGGUGAACACGUGAAGGGCCAGGAAGACUCGGUGCCACCCAUUGAGCGUACCGAGAGCGAGCUGAGGGAGGUCCGCGACGAGCUAGCACCACUCGAGAACUCCUUCAGGGCGCCAAAGCGCAUGAACACUUCGGACUCGAUCCGCAGCACAACCUCGGUAGAUUGGGAUAACUACUUUGAUGGAGCAACAAGUGACGAAGAUGAUGAUAAUGAUGAACGCAACGCAGUUCAGAAGUUCCUGCAACUCGGUUAUCCUCGCGUUACAAGGACACCAACUUCUCCCAAUCCACCACGAACACCAAACAGUCAGGGAACCACCGAUGCAGAGCUCUCUGGCUUCUUCAACGGCACGUCUGCAGCGCCACAGCCAACACCGUCUGUGGAUAUACACAGAGGUUUGGGUGCAAGUCCAAGGCGACCGACCAAGGCGACUAAGGAGCCGGACUCGCAACAACCGCUAGGUAGCCAGGCUAUUCUUCCUGCAGGUCACCAGGUUGCCGCAAGUCCACCUGGUAGUCCCUCUCUUCACCUCAGUGACGUGGGCCUAAGACGGUCUAUAGAGGGCAGCCCUGAUACUAUUAGAGUGGGGAAUGGAAGUGGAGUAACUGAGCAGGUUGCCAGAUCCUUGAGUACGGCGAAGGACCGGGAGCGCUCGUAA